UCUGUUUGAAAACUGGGCCCACUGAAUUUAUCUGUAACUGUUCUUUCCUUAUGUACUUAAAAAAUAAUGUUCUAGAAGCGUCUGUGGCAAGUUAGCUGCGUUUUUAGUUUUUGCUUUGCCUUUGGUUGUGACAGAUGGCGAAGUCGAGUGAUUGCACCAGCAAUUAAUUUCAAUAAAUAUCCAUGUUAAUCAUCAUCAUGGGAUUGAUCCUUCAGAGCCAGAUACGUUAUUGUUAGUAACUAAAAGUAAAGUACCAUUGCGAUGGAACAACUCAAACGGAUAAAGGGAGUGAGGGGCCGUCUCAAAUCCAGCCUCACCAAACUGCUAUACACAGCAGAAAACUCUUCCGCAUCAAUCGGCGUUGACGUGGAGGUACUGCUAGUCAGGCCCGACAAAGUUUGGAAUGAUUUCGAACUUGCCGGAGAUGAUCUGAGCGUGCUUGACGUCGAGGGCUGGGUUGAUCCUGCGGAUGACUACGGCAUGUAUGAGGCGAAGUACCUAAAAGCCCGUGCGCUUUUAUUUUCCCUCAAGCGCUCACAGGAGCCGACAACACCAACAACAAAGAGACAUGCAAAAGGAGACUCAAUAGCUAACAACGACGCUAUUUCUCGCUUAGUGCAGCAACAACAAGAGUUCUUCGAACGCCUCGAAGCGACUUUAACACCAACCCAGGCUGAAGCCGCGGCUCCAGUAAGGGAGACAGAAUUACCGAAAAUUCACAUAAAACCGUUUGGUGGCUUUUACAAGGUAUGGCCAGCCUUCAAAGCACUGUAUAUAAGCACUGUACAUAGCAAGCAACAGAAAUACCACUAUCUAAAAUCGUUUCUCAUAGAUGAGGCUGCAAGUUUGGUACGCCACUUGCCGAUUUCUGAGACCGCAUAUGACAACGCUUGGGAGCGCCUCAAUGCGAGAUACGAUCGAGCACGUCAAAUUAUUCACAACCUGUUGGACAUCUUUAUGGAGCUACCAUCGACUAACAAUAGAGAGAUAAUCUACAACCGAUAUAUGAGGGGCACCGCAAUGCAACUUUUUUUCGAGGAGCCUGCUAAUAAUGGUCGCCAUUGCCGUAGUUCUUAUUAUUUUUUUCUGAAAAUUUUACAAAACAUUCUUCAAAUGUUGUACUUCAAUCUAAAAAUAGUUUAAAUAAAUAGAUGUUUACCAGAUCCUCAAAAAAAAAACAUGAAAAUGUGUCUUUUUUUGCUCGCUCAGACCCUAACCCCCCCUUAAAUUCACUAAGAGUCGAUGAG